AUGGGCCUCGUUGACCUUGACCGCCUCCUAUCCGGAGGCCUGCCACUGUCAUCCGUCCUGCUCGUAAUCGAGGACACCUCCUCAGGCCAGCACCUUAACCUGAUGCGUUAUUUUAUUGCGGAGGGAGUUGCAUGCCGCCAGCGUGUGCUAUGGCUCACGGCCAACCCCCCACCAGGGGGCCCCGGAGCCUUCCUACCCGCGGAUGCCAGUGCAUCGCAGUCUGGAGGCUCAGCAGCUGAGGAGGGUGGGGACAGCAGCAAGGACAAGGAGCAGCCGGAGCUUCGUAUCGCUUGGCAAUACAAAAAGUACAUCAAGGACGAGCAGCAACCCGUACAAAGCUCGUACAGCACACGCGGAUCCAUGGCAUCUUCCUCCUCUUCCUCCGCGGCCUCUACAGCCAAAUCACUAUCGUCAACUUCACCAUCGUCAUCCUCCUCUGCAACGCGCGCUGUUGCUGCGGGUGUGGGCCGCGAGUGGUGUCACAGCUUCGAUCUGACUCGGCCCCUCGGUGCGGAGGCCCUCAAGGAUGCACUGCUGGACGUCGUACAUUGCACCGGGCCCGAUGCCUACGGGGAGGCUGACGGCCGCGCCGCAACCUUCAUAUCCUCAUUGCGCAAUGCCGCGGGGGCCGGACCCGGGCCCGGCUCCGCUGCGGUGGCGGCAGCGGCCCUGGCGGCGAGGCGUACGGAGAGCCCCGUGGGCCGGUUGGUGAUAGAAUCCCCGGGGAGCUUGGCGUGGGGCAUCGGCGCCUCGGAGCAGGCGUUGGUACGAUUGCUGUAUAAUAUACGGCAGCAGGCGAUGCAGGCUCGCUGUGCCGUCAUGGUGACUGUGCCAGCAGGCCUGCUGUCCCCGGGUUGCUCCUGCCGGCUGCCCCACCUGGCGGAUACGGUGCUGGCUCUGGAGGGGCUGGCGGAUGACCUGCCGCUGGUGAAGCUGCUGCCGGACCCGAACACGGCCGUGGCGUUGUUGAGCGUCCGCAAGCUGAGCUCUGCCGGCAUGGUGGGCCCGCGCCUGCCAGAUGGUCAGUUGUACGUAGUACGGCACAAGCGCCGGCGGUUAGGACUGAGUCCCGUGGAGGUGGAUCCAGAUGCGGAGGAGCUGCAGGCGGCCGCGGCGGCCCGAGCAGUUGAGGCGUUUGGCGGCAAGGCGGCCGCGGCGGCAGGCAGCGGCGGUGGCGCCGUGGCGCCAAGUGGUGGCACUGUGGCAGUGGCUGCGAAGACGGGGAAGAAGAGCGCGGCCUCGUUGCUAUGUGGUGGGCCGCCUGCAGCUGGGAAUAAGGCUCUGGACUUCUGA